AAUUAAUUGAAAUGAAUCACCUUUCCACUGUCUCCCUUGCGUUGCUAAGAGUGUGCACGUGAUGAGCUCCACCCACGUGGUUGCUUUCUUUCUGAUCCUCGUGGUGGACUAAAUACAGCCAUGGCCAAGCCUAUCAAGACCGUCAAGCAUCUCAAGAAGCGAACCAAGAAGUUCAUUCGUCAUCAGUCAGAUCGUUACAAGAAGGUCAAGGAAAACUGGAGGAAGCCCAAGGGUAUCGACAAUCGUGUGAGGAGACGCUUCAGUGGAGUCUAUUUAAUGCCCAGCAUUGGUUAUGGCUCAAACAGAAAAAGCAGAAACCAGAUGCCCGAUGGAUUCUACAAGUUUGUCGUCAACAACGUACAGGAACUAGAGGUGCUGAUGAUGUCCAACCGUCGCUAUGCUGCUGAGAUUGCACACACAGUGUCUGCCAGGAAGCGUCGUCUGAUAGUGGAGAGGGCACAACAACUGGACAUCAAGGUCGUCAAUGCCAACGCUAAAUUGAGAAGUGAAGAAAACGAAUAACUGAAACUAAAGCGGCUUAUUCUGUUUAUUGAUAUGUUGUGUGUGUACUUCUUCACUGAUCAAUUUAUUGUGUUGCAAAAAAACUUUUUUUCAAUGUGA